UUUUACAAGAAGAAAUAAAGUUACGAUCAGAAAUAAUUAAUCUUGAGGCUGAAAAUGAAAGAUUUCAGAAACAACUUGAAAAAAAAUUCAAGGCUAUAGAAAAAUGCAUUCACGAACAAGCGUUCGAGAAACUAUAUAAUGUGAAUAAUCAAAUGCUUAAAAAAUUAGACGAUUAUAAUCGUAUGGUUGACAAAGUCAAUGAAGAACACCAGUUGAAAGUAAGUAAUUUGCAAAAUCAACUCAUUAGCAAUAACCGAAAGAAAUCCAGUAUAGUGAGAGACCUUGGUAUUGCUCUUGCACCAGUUAUAUUUAGCACCAUUUUAAAUUAG